AUGUCAAAUUCCGACCCAAUCUAUACGUUAAACGUGAUCUGCGAGGCAGUGGUCGCCUUCGUUGGCCUCAUAUUCAACGGAUAUAUACUUUUCGUAUUAAUUUGUUGUAAACUAACCGUAAACAAUAUUCUUCUGCUGUUCAUGGCUUUGGCCGACACAGCGAUCUGUCUGUUAAUACUGGUGGCCAACACACCGAUGAGUCUGAGCCAAAGGAUACCAGACAUCGACCAGUUGUUGGCCACCAACUCGUCGCUGGUCUCGCGACCCGAUGUGGACGAGUGGGUCUGUGGAGCUCAGGGCGCUCUCUGGACAGUACUGCCUCUCUGUAUCAUUUGGACGAUUUGCGGUCUUAUAGUCGACAGAUAUAUCGCAAUCAUAAGACCAUUGAGUUAUACGCGUCUAAUAAACGUGCGAAAGACGGCCGUCGUAUUGAUCUCCAUAUGGAUCUGUUUGCUGUCAUUCAUUAUCCCGCCAUUCAUGGGUUGCUGUGGCUAUCGAUUCCUCACGAGUUACAGCGGGUGUGUAGUCAUCUGUUCCCGGACUCAAGAAAGUUACCUCGAGUUCUAUUAUAUGGUGUUUCAUUUGAGUGCAUUCAUAGCGCCGGUGAUUGUCAUAACCGUCUGUAACGCACACAUCGCUACCAUAGCCCACAACCAUCGGCACCGUAUCGUCUCAGCCAUCUAUGAGAUCACGAUGAGAGCCCAGGCGACUGUCACCCAUCAGUCCAGUCCCAGCUAUUUAUUCAAAUACAAGGGUCGACACGCCUUCCUAGCAAUCUUGCAAUUAGUCGGAUCUCUAAUAUUCCUAACAUUCCCUUAUUAUACGAUAUAUGCCUACAAAUCGUUCGCCAAUAAGCCAUAUGACAACUACUGGACCUCAGUCUCAACGCUCAUCCUAUCAUUCACUCCGAUAUUCAACGGAUAUGUCUAUGGAGUGAAGAGUAAAGCACUGAGAAAAACGUUUAAACGACUCCUACAGAGAUAUCUCUACGAACAACAGGCGUCGAUAGAGAUUGACCGGAGAUUAUCCCUCAGAUCCCAGUCCUCUCUGAGAGAGGGCUGGAAUUCAUUGCUCAUAACAUCGAGUCUAUCAUCAAAUAUGUUGUAUAGAAGUCAACGGCGUUUCUCCGCU